UUUCUGAGGGUCGGGCGGGUAUAUUUCAUUGAUAAUUCCGCGGUCACACUCAUCUAGUAGAAAUUUGUUGAACUGUUCACAACGCCUUAUGUUGGACGAAGAAGUUUUAUUAAUUUAAUGUAUUUGUAUAUUGUAUUCUGUCUAUGAGCGUCACAGAAUGAAGAAAAGGGAGAGAGAGAGAGAGAGAGAAAGAGAUACUGGGGCCAGGGCCCCAGGCAGAAAAACAGAGCGAAAGCGAGCGCCAGACCCGCACGCAUACACAUAAACCCAACCACACGUUCGUGUACAUAUAUGUACAUAUAUAGCAAAAGAAAAAUCUUGAACGAUGCAUUCGAUUUACGAAAUGCUAUUUUUUCGUACCUAUACAUUCAUAUAUGUACAUAUGUAUGUAUGUGCACACACAUCUACUGCGCCGCUACUACGAUAUACAUACAUAUGUAUGUCGAUGUAUAUGUAUAGCUUCAUAUAGUUCCUAUAUAUACAUACAUAUCUUUAUUCACCUACUGUACCACUUCCAUUAUGUAAGCAGAGCGGGAACGACGCCAAAAAGCGACAAGCAGAAAGAGAAACAACAAAGAAAAACCUACAAGAAACCCAAAAAACAAAAGCAAAGAACCCAUCACAUAACCGAAAAUUAAUCGAACAGAAAUGUUAUAAAUCACUAAAAGUUGUAAAUGUUCCAUCAAAACAAAUCGUUGAUAAACUUUAAGGUUAGAAUUUAUUGAUACAAAAAAAAAAAAACAAAAAAAAUGUCGUCAGCUGUGGCCGUGAUUGAUUUGGCCGAGGAUCUUGAGGAUGGUGAAAUCGACGAUGAUGAGGAGGAGGAGGAGGAGCCGCUACCGCAACAACAAAAAGAACAACAGCAACAGAAGACCCAAAAUAACGACGAUGAAGUGCAGUUUGUUGGUAUCGAAAUGACUGGUCAAAACAGAAAAAAUUGCGACGAGGAUGUGGUCUUUAUGGGCCUCUCCUUGGAUGUGGGUGGUUCGCCCAUGAAUAGCAAGCCAAAAAAACCACGCCCUCUCGAAGAUGAUCAUGCUUCCAGGAUCGAGAAUGCCAUUGCCAAUGCACUGAAGAAGAAGGGCAUUGAACCGCCCAUGCCUAAGAUGAAAUCCCUGAAUUGUGAGACGGCUGCGUCGGCCAUCGGCGGCGAGGGUGCAGGUGGCGGCGGCGACGAAGGUCCUUGUGGAGAGCCCCUGACCGGCGCUGCAUGGACGGCCAGUCGCAGCUUCAGACGCCGCAAUCGCAAAAAGAAGCGCGAGCGUGAGAAAAAGGACAAAGAGCAACAGAAACGCGCCCGUCGCGACGAUGACGAUCUAGCUGUCGAUGGAGGGGCCAGCGAUGACAUGGACAUGGAGUACGAGAUGAUGAAUGUGCGCGGUGGCAGUCCCCCGCCCGCAGGGACGACAAGCAUAAAUGCGUCCAGCCAGCCGGGGGUCUCGGGCGCUGGUGGUGAUGGUGGCUGCGGCGGUUAUGAUUCCGCCCAGGAUCCGUAUAGCAGCUACGAUUCCUAUUCCGAUGAUGAUGGCCCUCCCGUCGGGGGCCAGAGGCGUCGCCAGCGGAGAGAUCGCGAUAAGGAUCAGCGUGGGGGACGCAAGCGUCGCGAUCGUGAUCGUGAUCGUGAUCAGGACCGUCGGCAGGGUGAUGGGGGAGGUGGAGGAGGAUCUGCCAGCAAACGAAGCCGCCGCGACUCUGGCGACAGUCCAGUGGUCGAAAAAUCCGGCCGCAUCGAGCCCCGCAAAUUGGAGCUGUGCAAAUUCUAUUUAAUGGAUUGCUGCGCCAAGCGUGACAAGUGCUCCUACAUGCACAAGGAGUUUCCCUGCAAAUAUUACUACCUGGGCAUGGACUGCUUUGCCGGCGACGAGUGUCUGUUCCAUCACGGCGAGCCUCUGUCGGAGCAGCUGCGGAACAUACUACUCAAGCACAUGGAGACGGCGCCCAAGGAGAUCCUCGGCGACUUUAAGCGCAUCUCCCGUGAGGUGGCCCUGGGGCAAAUGACCCGGCGCCAUGAGGCGCUCUGCGAACAGUUUGGACGGGACAAUAACUGGACGACGCUGGCCAGUGCCGGUGUUGGUCGUCGUAUGGACCAGCAGAUGCCACAGCAAAAGAAUCAAAUGCAACAGCAGCAGCAACAGUUACAGCAACAGCUUCAGCAGCAGCAGCAACAGUUGCAGCAACAGCUUGCGCUUCAGCAGCAGCUUUUGCAGCAGCAACAACAACAACAGCAGCAGCAGCAGCAGGCACUGGCUAUACAGACAGAACAGCAGCUGGGAGGAUCCAUACCAUCUCUCCUAGACAUGGUCAUCAAUCCACCCGCCGUAAACGAAGCCGGAAAGCCGGAAAAGAAGCGAAAAUCCCGCUGGGCUGAAAAACCCAAGGGAGCAGCAGCAGCGGCAGCAGGUGGAGGCGAAGCAGAUGCAGCAGGAGCAUCAGAAGUAUCUGCAGAAACCACAGGCGAAGCAGAGUCCAGCAAAGCACCUCCCGCCAAGCAGCUGUCUCCACAUUUAGAUCUGGAGAAUCUCAAGGAUCUGCUACCCGCCGACCAUAUGGCAAAGCUGAAAAAGCUGGGCAUUAGUAAUCUAGAGCAGAUGCUCGAAGUGCCCUUUGGCCAGCUGACGGAGGUGGGACUGACGCUGCUCGAGAUUGGGGAUAUACAGCGUAAGGCAUUGGAGGCCAAGGAAAAGGCAGAGAACAAGUCAGAGCCAGAGGGCACAGCAUCCGGCAGCAGUAAUCCCGCCGCCGUUGUGGAGGUCAGCAGCAACUCCAACAGUAAUAAUGGUUUCAUUAUGGUCGACUACACUCAGUAUCUAAAGGAUGCCCAUGUCAGCUUUACCAGCAACGAUCUGCUCGACGAUGAUCGCGACGAUGAGGAGCAACUGGUGAUUGAUGAUGGCAACGAAGAAGAAGAAGAGACGGCAUCAUCACCAAAGGAAGACGAGGCCCCAAUGCCGUCCGUCUUUGAUUUGCCAACAUUUAUGAGCAACAUGACCGGUGCCAAGCCAGUCCGGCUAUCCCCAGAGACCCUGCAGCAAUCCACAACCGCACAGAGUGCCAUCUCCCCCACAGAAGCCUCAAACGAAUCGACUGAAGCGGAAGCUGCUGCUGCAGCAGCAAAGGAAGAACCAGAGAGUGCCAACGAUGCAAACAGUCUGUUCAGUCGCCUACUGUUUGGGGACAAGCCACCCGAUCCGGUGACCCGGGCGGCAUUCUAUCGCGACAUAAUACGCAAUCCGUUCAAGGCACACAGUGGUGACGGUGACGUGGACUCGGCCAAUGAGAACUCAAAUUCGAAUUCCAGAUCCCUGACGCCCACACCCACACCUGAGCCGGGAUCACAGUCGCCCAAACAGCCCCUGGAUAUGCCCAUAACGAUGCCCAUGGCAAUGGCAAUGGGAAUGAAGCUACCAUCGCUCGUAAAGUCGGAGCCAGAGCCAGAGUCCACGCCCUCACAAUACGAGCGCCCCUCCCUAUAUGACUACGAUAAGGUCAAGGAGGAGAAACGCGAGGCGGCCAACCGCCUGAAGGCCAAGUCCAGUGCGAUCCAGCAGCGGGAUAUUGAUAUGCGUCUGCCGUUUGAGCCGAUACGGCACUACCGUCCAGCUACCGAGAUAGAUGCGGCCAUCUUCUCGCACAUGCCCAUGCGUUGGGAGGUGAACGAAGUGGAGGUGGAGGAGCCAAACUUUUCCCAGCUACGUCUGAGUGCCGCCCACAAGGAGGACAAGGAUGUGCGCGAUCCGCGCAUGCGUCGCAUUCUUGGACUGCCGGACCAUUUGUAUGCGACCGAGGAGUCCCAGUAUGGUGAAUCGUCAUUGAAUCGUUCCAACAGUUAUCUCUCAUCGCCCGAAUCCGGGCCCAGAUCACCAAUGGGACGCGAUGCCACACCCACAUCGCCACCACCGCCAAGCUUCGGUGUGGGUCUGCCAUCGAUGAGUGUGCCACCGCCAUCGAUGAGCUUGCCGCCACCAAACCUGCUGCUAGCUGCCAACAAGCCUGCUGGCGGUGGCCCAGUAGUAGCGACAGCCGUACGCGUCGAUCCACGACGUGAUCCGCGCCGUUCCCAUUUGCAGGCCCAAUCAGCGAGCACUUCUACCGCGAGCACAUCCGUAGCCGCGGCCACGGCCACAGCCACUGCCACCACCAAUACCACUGGUGGGACCACACAGAUCUCCGAGAUACGCACCAUAUUGCAGAACUCCAACUGGUACAAGGAUCUUGGGAGCAACAACAAGAUAAUGGUCAACCAGCAGCUGGCCCUGGUCUUUACCGAACUGAAGAAGUACCAUCAGCAGCCGGACGGUGGCUGCAAGACCUUCGACGUCUCUUUCAUUGUGAACAACCAGACUCUGCAGCAGAUCUUUGCCAAGCUGGGCAUAUAUAUCGAUGAUAAUGGACAGGUGGUUCAGCUGGCCGAAGAUCAGCCAGUCCAGAACAUGAACAUGGCUAUGGGACCCGCUGGAGUCGGCGUUGGAGUUGGAGUCGUGCUGCCUAAUCUAUCGCAGCCCCCGCCAAAUCUAGCCCAGUUGCUGCGGCAACCGCCGCCAAAUCUACUCGCGGGACGAAUCUCCAAUGGUAUGAUGAUGCAACAAAUGGGCAUGCCGCAGCAGUUCAAUCAGCCACCGCCACGCCCCAAUGUGGGCAUGGGUGGCAUGAUGGGGGGCGGUGUAAUGGGUAAUAAUGUUGGCAAUGCCAUUGCCGGGCAACUCGGCGGCCUCAUGGGCAAUGGCAACAACAACAUGAAUAACAACAACGGCAACAAUCCGUUCAAUCCAUUCGCGGGUAACAAUGGUGGUGGGGGUGGAGGCGGAGGUGGAAACGGAAAUGGAAAUGGAAACGGAAACGGAGGCGGUGGCAUGGGAAAUAUCAAUCAAAUGAACAACAACCUCAACAACAUGGUUAUGGGUGGCAUGCCGUUUAACAAUGGCAUGCCCUUUAAUAAUAACAACAACAAGAACUUUAAUAACAACCAUAACAAUGGUGGAGGAGGAGGCGGAGGAGGACGCUUUUCUGGUGGCGGCCACAAUAAUCGAAACAAUCGCGGUGGGAACAACCGCCAUCGCAACAACAUUUAAAUCGAACUCAAGAAUGGAUUCAACAACAAGACUUUUUCAAUACCAAAUGAUGGACCAGCCCGCGUCCCUGCCUUGGCCCUCGGCCCCCACCCUCCCCCUUCCGCAUGUGAUUCGCCACGACUCAUAAACUGACCAUUGAGGGACACUAGGGAUUUUUCCCUGACCCAAAAAAAAAACACACAAAAGACAAACAAAGUAUGAAUGGGGGUUUGCCUACCCCCUCCCACACAAACAAAACAAAAAAAAAAAGAAAAAUCUUUAAAAUCCUACAAAGAAGAACAGCAAUUUAUGGGCUUUGACUGCUAUGUAAAUGUAUUCUCUAAUUCCUAAAUCAUCGGUAAAUAAUUUACAUUAUUUAACACGUUUAUUAUUAUUACUUUUUUUGCUAGCUAUAAGGCUACCCCUUACACUUAAGUACUGAUAAAUUGUAAUUACAAGCAAUCCGCCAAGCUGGAAAAAGAAAGCAACAGGAAUGCAUGAUUUUUGUACGACUUUUUAAGUCAAAUAACUUAAAUAUUGUACGCUUAGAUGUAACAAAUUGUAUAUUAGACGUGUAUCUACAAAUAAAUACCAAUCAAUUUAAAACGAAAA